UUUAUAAGGAAAUUUUUGAGUACGUAGGAUAUUAUUUCCUAUAAAUUUGUUUGUACGAAUAAAUUAAGGGGAAUUUUAUACGUAGAGUACUUGUGAGGUGAUUUAAAAUCAGGAUGCGAGGUGCUUUUCUGGUUCUGGAAGGAUUGGAUCGAGCGGGAAAAUCGACGCAGGUGUCAUUGCUUAUCGAAGCACUGAAAGAUCAUUCUAUAUCUGUCGAGCAGCGCAUUUUUCCUGACAGAGAUACUACAAUCGGUGGAAUAAUUAAUGACUAUCUAACAAAGAAAACUGAACUUGCACCCGAGGCAGUACAUUUGCUAUUUUCGGCAAAUCGAUGGGAAUGCAAAGACAAUAUUUACCAAAUACUCGAACAGGGCACAACUCUUAUUGUCGAUAGAUACGCCGCUUCGGGUGCGGCCUACAGUGCGGCGACCACUGGCAGGCAAUUGGAGUGGUGCAAGGGCCCGGAUCGAGGUCUGCCCGCACCGGACCUCGUCGUCUACCUCGACGUGAGCCGCGAGCAGUGGGGCGAUGAACGUUUCGAGCGCGCUGACAUGCAGCGCAAGGUCGCGCGCUAUUUCUCCGAGCUCUCCGAAACCGAGACCUGGGUCGCUUUUGAUGCCGACCGGCCCAAGGAACAGCUACACAAGGACAUCCUCGACAGGGCUCUUAGCGUCAUUGAGGACUGCAAGGGCAAGCCUAUCAGGUGCCUUUACGAGCUUUGACUCGGCUGUUUGCGACCGUCUCCCUUAUCUAACCAACGUCUAACGUCCUUUUUGCAAUAUAUUAAUUUACAAUUUUUCUUAUUGAUCCAGAUGUACUAAACCGUAGCCAUCGAAAUAGGCUGACGCGC